UGUAGUACCCUAACUAAAAAGUAAAACCUCAAUCUAACCAAAAGAAAUUGAUUCCUCCGGUCUAUCUCAGUCGUAGUCAAUUUCACACCAAUUCUCCGCCGCGAUGCCACCGGCGCAACCUCGCAAUCGCGCAUCCUCCGCCGCAACUUCCUCUUCCUCAGUCAAGUCUCCAUUAAAUUCAGACUCGUUUUUGAAUGAAUUGACGGCGAUGUACGAACGAAGUACUGAGAAGGGUUCAGUUUGGGUCACUCUUAAGCGAUCAUCCAUGAAAGCCAAGGUGCACAUUAAUAAGAUGAAAACGGCUGGGGAAACUAUUGAUUACCGAUGCUUGAUUCGAGCUACCGAUGGCAAAAAAACAAUUUCUACCACGGUGGGUCCUAAGGAACACCAGCGCUUUCAAGCAUCAUAUGCCACCAUUCUCAAAGCUCAUAUGACUUCUCUAAAGAAGCGAGAAAGGAAGGACAAGCGAAAGGCUGCUGAUUCAGACAAGAAAGCCGGAGAGGGUUCAAAGAAGGUGGCUGCAUCUGCUAAGUAAAUCUUGUUUCUUUUCUUGUAGUCAACAACAGUCGAUAGAGAUGAUACAGAAGGUUUUGGUUCUCUAUAUAUGCAGCUCGGAAUUUUUUGGGAAAAGAGGGUACAUUUACGGUGUUUAGAAUUUUGCCCCAUCCCUUUCAAUUAUGUAUUCGUAAUUUUGGCGAUUAGAAGCGUGUUUGUUUUCAAUGAUAUUUGGGGUAAAGCUCAAAUAGUUUUGAGUGAAGUUUUAGGCUUGUCGCACAGGUUCUGAUUCCAUACUUAAGCCUGGCCAAUUAUACUUGAUACCUUGGUAAUUCUUUGAAGGAAUUUUUUAUA